CUCGGCUUCCAAUGCUCCAGCCGGGCAAGGUGACCGCCUCGCUGCUCAUCAGCAACGCCAGAACAGCCUGCGAUAAGGACCUGCUCGCGCGAGAGGGGGUCACCUUCUGCGUCAAUGUCACCAGGCAGCAGCCAUUCCCCGGCCUCCAGCAAAUCCGAGGCAUCCGCGUUCCUGUUUUUGACGAUCCGGCGGAAGACUUGUAUAAGUAUUUCGAGCAGUGCAGCGAUGCUAUAGAAGAAGCUGUCCGGAGCGGUGGGAAGUGCUUAGUUUACUGUAAGAACGGCCGCAGCAGAUCAGCUGCUAUUUGCACUGCUUACCUGAUGAGACACCGAAAACUCCCACUCCAGGAUGCCUUUGAGACGGUGAAGGCUGCCAGGCCGGUAGCAGAACCCAAUGCAGGAUUUUGGUCUCAGCUACAGAGAUAUGAAGAAGAUUUGAAAAUAUCAAAGCAGUCUGAUCUGCUGAACAAAGGACUUAACUCGCUUUAAAAUAUCUUCACAAAUUGCUAUUUUCAAGUGGCUUGCUACAGCUAAAUUAGAAAAAAAAAUCACUAACACUUCUCUUAUCACCAAUACAUAAAAUGUCUUACUCCCCAGACUGAGUGGACGGUCCAUUAAAUUCAUUCAGAGCAUUACUGUUGAAGAAAAAGGGGCAGAUAAACAGGGGAAAACAGCAAAAACACAAAAUUGUUGAAAGGGAUGUAAACAAACAGAUGAAAGACAUGGUAUCUGCAAUGUUUAUUUUCCCCUGAGUAACACUGAAUAUGAAGAUCAUGUAUUGAAUGAACGAAUGAGUUACUACAUGGAGAUUUUUACUCAUCUUUUGGUUUUCAUUAAACUUCCCAGUGAUGUCACUGGAAGAUCCAAUGCAAGACUGAGGAAGCUCUGGAUUGCUCUCUCACCUACAGGAUCAUAAUUCAUCUUCAUGAGCUGAAGUCUCUGGUGGGAAGCUGACAAAGGAACUGCUGCACUUGAGAUCUAAAUUUUCCUUAAUUUCAACUAGACUAAAGUACCAUCACAAAAUUACAUAGAAGUCCAGAGGACAGAAUAUUCAGGUGAUGCGACCUGCCUCUUCAGUCCCCAUCAGAAUGAAGCUACUAAGAGUCAAACCAGCACAAGGCUGCCCAAAAACUGAAGAACUCCAGGACUUCAAGAUAGCAUUUGGGUAGGGAGCAUGCUGAGCAUAAAUAAAUGUGACAGAAGCAGACAAGAAAGAAAUUUUGUCAUACUUUCUCAGACCACAGAGAUACACCUGUGUUGUACAUAUAGUCUUUGUUCAUAUAUAAAAAUGUGUUUUCCUCUUUUUGUGAAGCUCCUGCCAGACUUUACCAGGUUCAGUCAGGUCUAAUCUUUGAGUUAAAUUCAUUAUCUGUGAACUUCCUGGACUGUGGAAUUUUCUGGAGUGUCUAGCUCUUUACAGUAAAACUGGGAACUGUUCUUUUUCAUUUUGGGACUGUUCAUAAAUGUAUUUCAGCCACAGAACCACAGAGAAUGUUGAAUAUUCAUUAGGAUAUGUAAUUUUUUUAUGAAACUAUAUAAUAAACUAUCAGCCUUUCCUGGUUUUCCUACUAGAAAGGAACAACUAGUUCUAUACAAACAGCUACUUACAGGCGAUCCAGUAUCACGUCCAUAUAAAAACAAUUCCUGUGGUUAGCUAUUCCUCAUGAGACAGACAGUAAGUAAGUAGUCUUUCAGUUUCACAAAAUAACUUCAGUGGCAAGGCCAAUAUAAGGACGAAGUGUCAUGGACUGUGCAGAAGGUAUACUGAAAUCAGAUUGUUUAUAUACUUUCUAUUUGAAAAUAUAAAGACACUACAUAACAGUGUCAAUGCUUCUAACUCCAGAACUAGCUGGUAUCAGGUAGGUUUCUAAGGUUUACACACAUUCACUGCUCUCUGUGUUCCCAUCGUACACUGGAGCCCCAAGUAGAGCUCACGUCCCCGCUGCUUUAGGCAGUAUGCAGACACAGAACAGAGAAAUAAUCGUUACCUCAAAAAAAAAAAAAAAGGGGGGGGGGGGGGGAAAAUUGCUGUAGGAAUACUAAGGAACAAUCAGAGAGCACUGAUUACUGCAUGCAAUGGUCUCUGCUGACUAGUUGCCUGAAGAUAGGAAUGCUGUAGACAUCAUACCAAAGGGAAUUAUAAUAGGAUGGAUCCAUGGAGGACUUAGGUUCCCUUCAUAGUUGUAUGAGAAAUUCCUCUAAGAAUUAAUAGAGGUUAAUAUUACUAAUUUGCUUCAGUCAUACAAAAAAAAAAAAAAAGUAAACUGAAAAACCGAUUUCCCAGUUUCUUAAGACUGAAGAUCAAUACUGGCCUGCAACUGAAAUUAAACUCUUCUCACAGAGUCCAAGGAGGACAAACUUCCUUAAAAGAACAGAGCAUGUCCAGCUUUACCAAUGAUCAAAGUUAUUUCACCAA